AUGUCCGCGAAGCGGCAAGCUACGACUGAAUUAAAUCACAACAACUGGGAUCAAGAAGAUGACGAACCGGAAGAAACCGAAGGUUUUAAAAUUGCAUCAAAAGAAGUUCUUGAAAAACGUGUUAUUAGGACCGCUAAACGACGAUCCAACGUAUCUUCUAGCGAGGGUCAGAAAAGUGUAUUCAGUGGCUUUGGAGGCUUCAAUAAAACACAAAAGACUUCCUUUGACUUUUUGGCAAAUUUAACUAAUGGUAAAUCAACUAAUACUGGUGUCAGUAAUCAAGAAGGAUCAUCUCUUUUUUCAUCAAAGACAUUUUCAAAUCAAAGUACAGCACUAUUUACACCAUCAGAUAUAUCUAAAAAAAUAACUAAUACAGAUGUCAAUAAUCAAGAGGGAUCAUCAUCUCUUUUUACAUCUAAGACAUUUACCAAUCAAAGUAAAGGGUUAUUUACACCAUCAGACGUCUCUAAACCAGGACCAACAAAAUUUGAAAAUCCAAGUCUGCAAACAACUUCUAGUUUAACCAAAUCUACUGUUGCAGAAAAUCAAACUGGUUUUAAAAACAGUGAAAGCCCAUUCAAAAGUCAUACUACUUCAACACCAAUCAACAAUUUGAACUAUUUAACUAAACCAAAUUCUGGAAAUGUUGGUGACCCUGUAUCACAAACAACAAAUAAUAUAUUUAGUGGCCAAGCUGAAAACAAUUUUUCUAAUAAAUCUAUUAAGACGUCACCAUCUUCUAAUACAUUAUCUGCUUCCCCAAGUAAUAAGUGUCAAUCUAUUGAAGAAACUAAUAAAACUGAAAAGAAAGAUACCGUAGAUGAGUCCCAAUUUAUCACUAUAAAGUGUGAUAAAAAUGUUGAUGGAAAGACGUUAAAGUAUUAUAAAAACUUGGCAAGCUUAAAUAUAUCUUUAUAUAAAUGGGUAAAAAAAAAUAUUGAUGAAUCACCAAUCUGUAUUCUUUCUCCAAUUUUCAAAGACUAUGAUAAAUAUCUUAAAGAUAUUCAAGAUGAAUAUUUUAACAGAGAUGGAGCUCAAGGUGAUUUUGCACAGAAUUUGAAAAGUAAUCCUAAAGUACCAUCUGCUGCACAAGCAAAUAAUGUGGUUUCCCAUACAGCUGUUACUUCUAAUAAGUCUACAAGUUCAACAACAGAAGAGAAGAAAUCCUCAAGUAUGGUAUUUGGAACACCUUCAACCAAUAAUACCCAGACAAAAAACAUGGGUUCACUUUUUGGAAAUGUGCCAAACGCGCAGAGCUUCAUAACAUCUCCGAGUACUGGUGCACAAGCAAGUAAUAUACUUUCUCAUACCUCUGUUACUACUAAUGAGUCUACAAUUUCAACACCAGAGGAGAAGAAAUCGUCAAAUAUGGUAUUUGGAAUACCUGCAUCAAAUAAUACCCAAGCAAAAGACAUGGGUUCUCUUUUUGGUAAUGUGCCAAAAGUGCAGAGUUUCACAACAUCUUCUAAUACUGCUGCACAAGCAAGUAAUAUACUUUCUCAUGUGCCUAUAAUUUCAACACCAGAUGAGAAGAAAUCCUCAAGUAUGGUAUUUGGAACACCUUCAACCAAUAAUACCCAGACAAAAAUCAUGGGUUCACUUUUUGGAAAUGUGGCAAACGCACAGAGCUUCAUAACAUCUCCGAGUACUGGUGCACAAGUAAGUAAUAUACUUUCUCAUACCUCUGUUACUACUCAUGAGUCUACAAUUUCAACACCAGAGGAGAAGAAAUCGUCAAAUAUGGUAUUUGGAAUACCUGCAUCAAAUAAUAGCCAAGCAAAAGACAUGGGUUCUCUUUUUGGUAAUGUGCCAAAAGUGCAGAGCUUCGGAACAUCUUCUAAUACUGCUGCACAAGCAAGUAAUAUACUUUCUCAUACUUCUGUUACUUCUCAUGUGUCUACAAGUUCAACACCAGAUGAGAAGAAAUCCUCAAGUAUGGUAUUUGGAACACCGACAACCAAUAAUGCCCAGGCAAUAAACAUGGGUUCACUUUUUGGUAAUGUGGAAAAAGCACAUAGCUUCACAACAUCUUCGAGUACUGGUGCACAAGCAAGUAAUAUACUUUCUCAUACCUGUGUUACUUCUAAUGAGUCUACAAUUUCAACACCAGAAGAGAAGAAAUCCUCAAAUAUGGUAUUUGGAAUACCUGCAUCUAAUAAUACCCAAGCAAAAGAUAUGGGUACACUUUUUGGUAAUGUGCCAAAAGUGCAGAGUCCCACAACAUCUUCAAGUACUGCUCAAAAUCCAAAACUUGGCUUUUCAUUUGGGAGUUCUUCAGUAGCUGGUUCAACACCAACUACAAGCAGUGGCGGAUUUACCUUUGGCAUUAAUAAUUCACCUCAAUCAACCUCAUUAUUUGCAACAAAACCAAUUGUUUCUAAUAUUAAUGGCAAUUCACAAUUCUCAUUUGGCACUGGUAAACCUUUUAGUUUUAAUUCAAAUAUACAAAGAAAUGAGAGUAAUGAGGUUACUAACACUAAGGAAGAUGAAGAUGAACCUCCUAAAGUUGAAUACACACCAAUGGUGGAAGAAAACAGUGUUUUUGACAGAAAGUGUAAGAUAUUUGUUAAAAAAAAUGGUAACUUUGUUGACAAAGGUGUAGGUACAUUGUAUAUAAAAAAAAUUGAAGAUACCAGUAAGUACCAACUAUUAGUGAGAGCAAAUACAUCUUUAGGAAACAUUUUGCUCAAUUUAGUUCUUGCUCCAUCUGUACCUACUCAACGUAUGGGCAAGAAUAAUGUUAUGCUAGUUUGUAUUGCCACACCUGAUGCGAAACCACCUCCAACACCUAUUCUUAUUAGGGUAAAGACAUCAGAGGAAGCAGAUGAGUUAUUAGAGAAAUUAAAUAACUAUAAACAGUAG